UAAGUUCGUGUCUAUGAUUCAUAAAAAAGCAAAGAAUUCAAGAAGUGAGAAAACGGACGGUUUCAUUUUGUAGAAUAUUCUGUGGAUAUUGGAAAAGGUUAAUGAAUCAGCAACGCCUAUAGUGCUAAUAAAACAUGUUCGAUUAGUUUCUACAAAGUUAUUUUAAGUUAAUUCUUUAUUUCAUUGUGUAAUACGUACGACCGUUUGGCCAUCACGACUACUACCACAAUAAAAUGGCGACGGACCCAGCGAAACACCGCAUGCAUGUUUUCAAGAAUACGGGCAAGGAUGUGGACGAAAUGCGCAGGCGGAGGAACGAAGUGACAGUCGAGCUGAGAAAGAAUAAAAGAGAAGAGACUUUACAGAAACGUAGAAAUGUGCCAGCUAGCUACUCGACAGACGAAGAUGACCUGGAUAGGACGUUGGCGCCGAACGAUCUGGAGGAUUUGGUGAUGAAAGCGGCUAACGUGGAUAACCCUGAGGUGCAGAUCGCGGCAGUGCAGCAGUGUCGAAAACUGCUCUCCUCCGACAAGAACCCGCCAAUCGACGAUUUGAUAAAGACUGGAAUCCUACCUAUACUCGUGCAGUGCCUUUCGAGGGCAGACAACCCGACCUUACAGUUCGAAGCGGCGUGGGCGCUCACGAACAUCGCCUCAGGAACAUCGGCACAGACAAACAAAGUCGUCCACGCUGGUGCUGUACCUUUAUUCCUCCAAUUGUUAAUGUCUCCACACGAAAACGUCUGCGAACAAGCUGUCUGGGCCCUCGGUAACAUCAUUGGUGACGGGCCAGUCUUGCGUGACUUUGUCGUGGAACUUGGAGUGGUCCGCCCUCUCCUCAGCUUCAUCAAGCCAGAGAUCCCUAUAUCGUUCCUGCGCAACGUGACGUGGGUGAUUGUGAACCUGUGCAGGAGUAAGGACCCGCCUCCACCAGUUAAGACCAUCCAGGAGAUUCUGCCAGCGCUCAAUGUUCUCAUCACACAUUCAGACCUUAAUAUAUUAGUAGACACAGUUUGGGCAAUAAGUUACCUAACAGACGGUGGUAACGAGCAAAUCCAAAUGGUGAUUGAUUCGGGCAUCGUUCCCAAACUGAUACCAUUGCUGUCGCACAAGGAGGUGAAGACGCAAACGGCAGCUUUGAGAGCUGUGGGGAACAUUGUGACUGGGACGGACGAACAGACACAAGUUGUGCUCAACUGUGAUGCUCUCUCACACUUCCCUGCACUGCUGUCACAUCCAAAAGAGAAAAUCUGCAAAGAGGCAGUGUGGUUCCUCUCCAACAUCACGGCGGGCAACAAGCAGCAGGUCCAAGCGGUCAUAGACGCGGGUCUGCUCCCCAAGAUCGUGGAGAACCUCAGCAAAGGGGAGUUCCAGACCCAGAAGGAAGCUGCCUGGGCCGUGUCCAACCUCAGCAUCAGUGGAACUAAGGAGCAAGUGGCUGCCCUGAUCCAGUGCGGAGUCAUACCUCCCUUCUGUAACCUCCUCGCCUGCAAGGAUACACAAGUCAUCAAUGUGGUUCUGGAUGGCCUGAGCAAUAUGCUGAAGAUGGCGGGCGACAAUGUGGACCAAGUGGCCAAUAUGAUAGAGCAGUGCGGAGGCAUCGACAAGAUCGAGGAGCUGCAGGGCCACGAGAAGGUGGAGAUCUACAAGAUGGCGUACGACAUCAUUGAGCAAUACUUUGCUGAUGAGGAGGAAGACGCGACGCUGGUGCCAGCGGCCGCAGACGCAGGCUUCCAGUUCGAGCCCGCGCCCGCCGCGCGCGACCCCUUCCGCUUCUGAGCCGCCACCCCGCCGCACCCUAGCGACACCACACGGACUAUUGGGGCAAAUGAUGGACUAUAGGCUCAACACACGCUAUGGAAUAUCACACAAUGUAAAUAAAAUAAAAUUUGCGAACUAUAACGCGUGGACUAUUCACGGACUAUUGGGAAAUGAUUGGACUGCAAGCUAUUAUUAUGCUAUGAAAUAAUACAGAAUAUAAAUAAAAUGAAAAUGUUUGUAUUAUAAUUAAUUAUAAUGCGCGGACUAUUCACGUGUGUUUUCCAAACAUUGGUAAACUCUUUGAACACUGAAAUAUCGCAGAGUGUAAUUCAAUUUAAUUUGUGGACUAUCUAGAAAUGAUUGAAAAGCUUUUGAAUUUCUAUGAAGUAUCUACGAUAUUAUUAAAAUAUAAUUCGUGAAUUACAUGUGGACUAUUCACAGACUAUGUGACUGAAAACUACAAGACUGAAUGUCAAUAUUUUUACAGACUAGAAAAUGGGACUGAACUAACUGAAUAAAUUACCAGAUAUUGGACUAUUGGAAAUACUAAUCGAGUGAUGACUGACGACGCAGAAUUAUAUUUUAAAAUAAUAUGUUAAUUAAAAACAGAUUCUGUCAGUUUUGUAGAUUUCUUUUUUUUUUUUUGCAAGAAUCUUGUAUUUGAAAAUUAUAAACUUCUACUUGGAAUGUAGAAUUUAUACAGAUUUUAUUGAAAACAAUGUUUCCAGUCCAAGGUUGUUUGGAUGUUUUGGAAAUGAGCAGACUAAAGUUAAAUGAAUAGUCCGAACUGAAAUCAAUAAUAGUAAAGCCACGGGCCGACUGUGCGAACUAUCGUUAUAUUAUGUCGUCGAUUCUUGUUAUUUGAAUAAUAUUUAAUAAUAAAGAUUGCUCCAGGUACGGUUCGCGUACUCUGCACGCGGCUUAAAAAAUACUUCAAAAUCUGGGCCUCUGUUCGCUAUGAACUUAAAAUUUUGAAUUACAACUGAUUUGAUGUGAGCUUAAAAUGUCUUGAAUGUUGGUGUCAAAAUGUAUAUUGCGCAUAUUUACGGUUUUAAUUUCGGAUAACUUCGAUAAAUAAUAUAAUGACGGUUAAACAUGAUGACGUUUGACGUCAAAAUAUCCGUGAAAAUCCCAGAAUGAGAAGGAUUUAAGUCAUAGCCCUGCCUUGGCCGCCUGGCCAAGUACGGGUUGGCAGACUUCAUACACCUUAGGGAACAUUAUGGAGAACUCUCUCAUGCAGGUUUCCUCACUAUGUUUUUCCUUUACCUUUAAAACAAGUACAUAAGAUUGAAUUAAAUAUCACUUGGUUUAAGGGUGUGCCCGGGAUCGAACUUCUUAGACACCAGGUUAUAAUUUUACAAUGUAAUAUGUUUAAACAUUUACGUAUUUUAUUAUAAAGGACUCCUGUAAUUUAUGCAAAUAUUCUUUAUUUUUAUAUGUAACAAGUUUUAUUCAUUAAUUAUUUUUUCUAAAGUUGUUCUUUUUUUUUGCGAAUAAAUAUUAAUAUUUCAAUUACUUAUCCAGUGCAAUUAUUUAUGAUGAGAUAUCAGAACAUUAGGGUAGUACCAAAUGAAUUUGGUAAAACUAUUUUGGCCAACAAAGCGAACAGUCCCGAAAAGGAUUGCAAUUAUUGCAUUGAUAAUAAUAGAUUGCCAUCAAACUUCCGCGCUAGGGUUGAAUUGUCGGUCCGUGUGUGUAUAUCGUUAGCAAGUGGUGGAUUUUACGGAAAAUCAUUAUCUUAGGACCCGAUGGAUUGACGAUCGAGACUUGUUUUAAAUGUAAUUUAUGAUGGUGACGCGGACGCGGUGAUCACUUGUUAUUAUAUCGAUCGUCGGUCCACGGGGGACGUUAAGCAAAAAGGCUGCAGCACUGUCGAUAGACCGGCUCGGGUCUAUGUGGCGAUCCGUUGAAAAUUAUAGGUUUAUCGAGUAAUAGUAUCGACAAGACGAACUAUAUUAGUAGUUUAUGAAUUUUAAUACAAGAGUGCGGUACGCUUAGUACAGGUUGUACGACGAUUUUGAUAGAUUUCGAGUGUCGAAUCUACACUAUAUCAAAGUAAAAUGUAACUAUUCUGCCCUGUUUUAAGGGUUAAUUUUAUCUUUAUAUCUAAAGCAGUACCAAAUUGUAAGUACGUAAUAUACAACUUAACAUGUCUGUUAUAUGUUUAUAAUAUACAUUGAAGAAUUAUAACAGUAAUUGCCAUAUUUUUUAAUUUAUAGGCAGUCAGGAUAAUAUGAUCGUUUUAAUGGUACAUCAAAGAAGUUAUGGUGGAAUAAAGAAACUCACAUGCAUAGUUGUAACAUGAACCCCCUGAACAUUACACCCUUUUUUCGGGCAGUUGUGUAAAAAGAAGGGGUUUUAGGUCCAUUUUAACUCUGACGUUUAAACAUUUCGAUACUCGAAGUCUUGAUAAGAUAGCGAAAUGUACGAAGUUGUACUAAAUUUUGGUAGCUAAUAUCGAGAAAGUAUUGAGCCCGAGCCGUGGGCUAGGGUUUUUGAGAGAGACUAUAAUUCUCUCUCUCACAAACCUACGACUAUGGCUUGCUCACUUAAUGCGUUUUUCAAUACAUUUGUAUGUAAGUAAAAAGCUCCUUACGACCAAGUAUUGAUACUAAUAAUAUUGAUGUUAUUGCACAGUUGGUUUAUACUUUUAGGCCCGGUUUCCACCUAACCGGAGUGAAGCGACCAAUCAGCUUUUUAAAAGAUGAAGUGAUAAUUUAUUCACGUCAUCUAUUAAAAAUCUGAUUGGUCGAAUAAACCCGCUUAGGUGGAAAUCGGGCCUUAGGAUGUAAUAAUGACAAUCAUAAGUUUUUAUGAGCAAAUGUAUUGGAAAAGGUACAUAAGAGAGUAUAUAAUUAUACUUGGGAUGCUUAUAAAAUACAUUGAGUAUUGUUAAGUUUGGCGGAUCACUACACGUGUGUACAUAUGUAUAUGUUGGGUGCUGCAGUUUCGUUGUGAUACAACUCUAUUGUGAUGUUUGAAUAUUUCAUUUGUUUUUCGAUUUCGUAUAAUUAUAACGGACGAAACAAAAUUGGAUAGCUUUAAAGUUAAGUGCCGCGAGUUCCGUGACUAGUGUACUCAGGGCCUUAGUUCUCUGUGAUGUCGAAAUCGUAAAUACCCGUAAAACGUAUAUUUUGACAUCAAACUAUCACAAGAACUCAAGCUUAGGGAGCUUUAUCACAAGAACUGUGAAAAGACAAAUAAAUCACAAGAACUUUCAAGUUUAAGAACGUUGUCACAAGAACAGUCAAUUUUGACGCAAAUUUGUCACGAGAACUCUUUUCAAACUUAAUUUGUCACAAGAACAGUCAAUUUCGACGACUUUGUCAUGUGAACUAUCAAGUUUAACGGCAAAUUUGUCACGAGAAAUAUCAAUUAACAAUUUUGACGCUUCAAAUUGCAGUCAAGGGUGUGGUGGUUACGUUUUGGAUGUCACAGAGAGCAAAGGCCUGCUUUCGAUUGAAAUGCUUUUUGAUAUAACAUAGUAUUUAUGUUUCGAUUUUAACCGAGCGCCCGACGCCGCGUGUGCUGCGCCGGGACUGUAUUAGGAAAUUAUGUUUUUUCAAAUAAACACAAUUAUUAUUAUAUCAAUAAACAAUAAUUCUGUCCAAACAUUA